AUGCUCAGCCUUAUUAAACUGCCCAGAGUCUUCACCAUCAACCAAGUACCAAAAGUGUUCCAUGAGGACAGCAUCAUCUCAGGCUACCGACACCCUCGCAGCUCAGCCACUGACUGCAUCCUCAGCCUCUUCCAGCUGACCAAUGAAACGCUCAAUAUCUGGACACACUUCCUGCCCACAUGGUACUUCUUAUGGAAGCUGCUGACGGUGGUCCUGAUGCGGGACGUGUGGCGCGACUCGUUCACAUGGCCCCUCCUGGUGUUCCUGAUGUCGUGCUGUGUGUACCCGCUGGCCUCUAGCUGUGCCCACACCUUUAGCACCAUGUCAACGCGAGCACGACACAUCUGCUUCUUCUUCGACUACGGAGCUCUGAGUCUCUACAGCCUGGGCUCUGCCAUAACAUAUUCUGCCUACGUGAUUCCUGAUAAGUGGGUGAACAGUUUGUUCCACCAGUACUAUAUCCCCAUCGCUGUGGUAAACACUGUCAUCUGUACCGCCUUAGCCUGCUACUCCAGAUUCUCAGAGUGUAAGAGCCCAAAGUUUGGCAAAUUUCUCCGCAUUCUAGCUUUCGCGUUACCCUACCUGUUUGACAACAUUCCUCUCUUCUACAGGCUCUUCCUCUGUGUGGGUGAGGGUUGCACUGACAACGAUACCAACGCUCUCCACCACACCCACAUCGCCCUGGCCUUCCUGACCGCAUUCCUCUUCGCCACACACCUACCAGAGCGCCUGGCCCCCGGCAGCUUCGACUACAUAGGUCACAGCCACCAACUGUUCCACGUAUUCGGCAUAAUCGGCACUCAUUUCCAGAUGGAGGCCAUUGAGCAGGACAUGGUGACGCGACGGCCGUGGCUCCUCACGUACUCUCUGCCCAUCACCUUCACCAACACACUGGGGGCGGCACUGCUGAGUGUAACCCUCAGCCUUGGCAUCAUCUUCCUCUUUAGUCUGCCUCUGCUCUGGUCAGCCACCCGGGGAGAACACACUGAGAAGACACAAUCACAUCCAAUAGCCAAGGGCUGCCAGUACCACUAGCACUAGCCAUUAGCCACAUGCUAAUGACAAUGUAUACGGGAUGUAGGAACUGGAUGGUUCAGUUGGUGGAGCAUUGUGCCUGUAAUGCCAGGAUUGUGGAUUCGAUUCACAGGGCCACCCACACGUAAGAUGUAUACAAGCAUGAAUGUAAGUCGCUUGGAUAAGAGUGUCUGCUAAAUGGCAUAUAUUUGUAUUAUAUUACUAUUUUUAAACUGGACACUGGUGAGGGUGGGCUUGGGAGAAGAGGUGAACAAGUGAAGUGAACCACUAUGACUUCUUGGUGGCGGAUAGAGGUGAAGUCAUGACAAGAUACAAUGCUGAAGGGGCAAUGAACUGUUCUUCACAUUAUGUCAGCAUGGAUGAAUAAACUAGUAGCUGAACAAGAGCUCCAGAUAUACUGCAAUGAGGGACAGACAGUGGUACCUCUGGUAGUAUUACAUUGACUAUAGGACUAGUACACAGUACUAAACACAUAGGCCUUGCUUUUGUUCGCUGAUUUACCAACGCUACUGAGGAGCAGGAAGAAACUGGAGCAGUGGGAAGUCACAAACUGUUUAUGAAGAAUCAAUCCACUGAGGAGCAGGAAGAGACUGGAGCAGUGGGAAGUCACAAACUGUUUAUAACAAAUCAAUCCACUGAGGAGCAGCAAGAGACUGGAGCAGUGGGAAGUCAAACUGUUUAUGAAGUAUCAAUCCACUGAGGAGCAGGAAGAGACUGGAGCAGUGGGAAGUCAAACUGUUUAUGAAGUAUCAAUCCACUGAGGAGCAGGAAGAGACUGGAGCAGUGGGAAGUCACACUGUUUAUGAAGUAUCAAUCCACUGAGGAGCAGGAAGAGACUGGAGCAGUGGGAAGUCACAGUUUAUAACAAAUCAAUCCACUGAGGAGCAGGAAGAGACUGGAGCAGUGGGAAGUCACAAACUGUUUAUGAAGAAUCAAUCCACUGAGGAGCAGGAAGAGACUGGAGCAGUGGGAAGUCAAACUGUAUUUGAAGAAUCAAUCCACUGAAGAGCAGGAAGAGACUGGAGCAGUGGGAAGUCAAACUGUAUAUGAAGAAUCAAUCCACUGAAUGUUACAUGAAGAGGAAUUUUCAAUAUUCCUUCAAUUUAAUUUUUCUUUCUUUUUAAACACAUCAUUUUUAUACUAAAUAUAUUGAUCACUUGAUCAUUUUUAUACACAAACAAUGGAUAUGUACCACAAACAUAUAUCAACAAUAUUAGGGCCACAGUCUGUAGUCUAAGGGCUGUUAAGUAGAGGGUUUUGGUCGUCUACUAUAAACUAAAAUCAGCACUGAAGGAUACAAUAACUUAUUAAUGAAGUGUACAGUAUGUAUGAUGGUCAGCUACUAAAGUGAAGGUGCCUUUCAGAGAUAAAAAUUAUACAUGUCAGAUCGCUUUCUUGUACACUUAAG